CGGCGGCUGGCCGCGGCGGUACGCCCGUCCCGCCGGGCCUCCCGUUAUUCCCGACGACCAUUUUUGUGCCUCGUUCUGUUCCCUCCGCCGCAAACGCUGCGGCGAGAGAGGGAUGCGGUGCCCAUAACGUUGCCUGCUCGUAGGGCCGAGGCCUAAGGAAGCCCUUACCAGCCGGUAAUUGAAGCAUUAGGAAACUAUCCACAAAAGAAGUUCUACAAUGUCUCAAAGCUUGGAGGCGCCAAGUAUGAUACUCUGCCUUAUUCCAUACGAGUGUUGUUUGAAUCCAGCAUCCGUAACUGCGAUGGAUUCUUAGUGAAAGAAACAGAUGCUAUGAACAUCUUAGACUGGAAAACAAAACAGAAUAAUGUUGAAGUGCCCUUCUGUCCUGCCAGAGUUGUUCUUCAAGACUUCACGGGAAUUCCGGCAAUGGUGGAUUUCGCUGCCAUGAGGGAAGCCGUGAGAAAUGCUGGAGGAGAUCCCGUGAAAGUCAAUCCUGCCUGCCCAACUGAUCUUACUGUUGACCAUUCUCUGCAGAUUGAUUUCAGCAAAUGUGCAAUACAGAAUGCUCCAAAUCCUGGAGGUGGUGAUUCACAGAAGCCGAUGGCAAAGCUUUCUCCACUGAAAGCGCAGCCUCGGAAGCUGCCUUGCAGGGGCCAGACUGGCUGCAAGGGGCCCUGUAGCGCCGGAGAUUCGAGUCGCAACUCAGGACAAUUUUCUGCGCAGAUUGAGAACACACCUCUCCUCUGUCCUUUCCAUCUUCAGCCGGUGCCUGAGCCUGAGACAGUAUUGAAAAAUCAAGAGUUGGAAUUUGGCAGAAAUAGAGAGAGGCUUCAGUUUUUUAAGUGGAGUUCAAAGGUUUUCAAGAAUAUUUCCGUAAUUCCACCUGAGACUGGAAUGGCACAUCAAGUUAAUUUGGAAUAUUUGUCAAGAGUUGUUUUUGAUGUUAAAGAUUUCCUAUAUCCAGAUAGCGUGGUUGGCACAGAUUCUCAUACAACCAUGGUAAAUGGUUUGGGUAUCUUGGGCUGGGGUGUCGGGGGUAUUGAGACAGAAGCAGUCAUGCUGGGGAUGCCGGUUACUCUCACUUUGCCUGAGGUCGCUGGGUGUGAGCUGACAGGCACGGCCAGCCCACUCGCUACGUCCAUAGAUAUUGUUCUAAGCAUUACAAAGCAACUUAGGCAAGCCGAUGUCGCUGGAAAAUUUGUUGAGUUUUUUGGGAGUGGAGUUUCCCAGCUGUCUGUAGCAGACCGAACCACAAUAGCAAAUAUGUGUCCUGAAUAUGGUGCUAUUCUGAGCUUUUUCCCUGUUGAUAAUGUGACGUUGAAGCACUUAAAGCAUACAGGUUUUGACGAGGCCAAGCUUGAGGUCAUGGAAGCAUAUCUUAAAGCUGUGAAGUUAUUUAGAAAUGAUGAGAGUUCUUCCAGAGAACCUGAGUAUUCCCAGGUAGUGCAAAUUAGUCUAAGUUCUAUAAUUCCAUAUGUCAGCGGCCCCAAGAGGUCCCAAGAUCGAGUGGCUGUUAAUAACAUGAAAAGUGACUUCCAAGCCUGCUUAAAUGAAAAGUCUGGUGUUAAAGGCUUUCAGAUUGCAGUUGAGAAACAGAAUGACAUUGUACCUGUUCAGUAUGAAGGAAACGAAUACAAGCUAUCUCAUGGCUGCAUUGUCAUUGCUGCAGUAAUCAGCUGUACAAACAACUGUAAUCCAUCUGUCAUGCUUGCUGCAGGACUCCUGGCUAAAAAAGCUGUUGAAGCUGGCCUAGUGGUUAAGCCCUACAUCAGAACAAGUUUGUCACCGGGCAGUGGAAUGGUUACACAUUACCUCAGUUCAAGUGGAGUGUUACCGUACCUCAGUAAGCUUGGGUUUGAGAUUGUCGGUUAUGGGUGUUCAACCUGUGUUGGAAACACUGCCCCCUUGCCAGAAGCCAUCAGGAAUGCAAUAAAGCAGGGUGAAAUAAUUGCCUGUGGAGUAUUGUCCGGAACAAAGAACUUUGAAGGUCGUCUCUGUGACUGUGUCCGUGCCAACUACCUUGCUUCUCCACCGCUAGUUGUUGCUUACGCUAUUGCAGGCACGGUUAGAAUAGACUUUGAAACUGAGCCUUUGGGCACUGGCUUUAAUGGCAAAAGUAUUUACCUACGAGAUAUUUGGCCCACCCGAAGAGAACUUCACACAGUGGAGGAAGAGUGUGUGAUAUCAUCCAUGUUUAAGGAAUUGAAAGAAAAAAUGGAGAAAGGAAAUAAACGAUGGAAUUCACUGGAAACACCUGAGUCAACUUUAUUUCCCUGGGAUUUAAAAUCUACUUAUAUCAGAUGUCCUUCCUUUUUUGAUAAACUUGCCAAAGAACCAGUUUCACCACAACCGAUUGAAAAUGCCCAUGUCUUGCUCUAUUUGGGAGAUUCUGUAACGACAGAUCACAUAUCCCCUGCUGGGAGCAUUGCAAGGAGUAGCGCUGCUGCUAAGUAUCUGACCAACAAAGGACUCACACCUCGUGAAUUCAACUCUUACGGAGCUCGAAGAGGUAACGAUGCUGUGAUGACAAGAGGUACCUUUGCAAAUAUCAAGCUUCUGAAUAAGUUCAUAGGAAAACCAGCUCCUAAAACAAUUCACUUCCCAUCAGGACAAACGCUAGACGUGUUUGAAGCAGCGGAGUUGUACCAGAAAGAAGGCAUCCCUGUAAUUAUUCUAGCAGGAAAGAAGUAUGGACUGGGUAGCUCAAGAGACUGGGCUGCAAAAGGGCCUUUUUUACUGGGCGUGAAAGCUGUCCUAGCUGAAAGCUAUGAGAAGGUUCAUAAAAGUCAGUUGAUUGGAAUUGGCAUAGCUCCACUUCAGUUUCUUCCUGGGGAAAAUCCAAGUACUUUGGGUCUCACUGGCAGAGAGCAAUUUUCUAUAUUGUUCCCUCCAGAGCUGUCGCCCGGAAUGACUUUGGAUAUUAAGACAAGCACUGGAAAAGUAUUCAGCGUGAUUGCCUUGUUUGAAAACGAUAUGGAGAUAACUUUAUACAAAUAUGGUGGAAGUCUAAACUUUGUGGCUCGAAGAUUCUUAUAGUAGCUACUGACUCUAUGGGUACCUUGCAUAACUGGUAAUUCUGAAAAUGCCUUGUGUGAACCCAGGAAUCUGUACUGUGGAACUGCAAACAGUCCUAGUGUGCUCAAAGUUACUUCGUCCAUGGAUGUAAAAGAUUGUGAAUCAUUGUAACUGCAACAAGAUCCUUCCUGAUUUUAAAUAAUAUUCUAAUGGUGCUAUUAAACAUUGCUAAAGUCAACGUGUAUUGUGGCAGAGAGCUGUAAGUAUGGAGGGGAUGUUUUAUCAGACCAUUUUGUAAAUAAACUAUGCGAAAUCUGAAACUGAUUGUGCUGAAGAUUAUUAUGUAAGAAGAUUUUUCUGCAGUUGUUUCCACUGUAAAUCUGUGUACUGCUGUUUGUUGGUUAAAGGGUAGCACAUAGUAUGGAAUGUUAAAGGCCAAACAGAAUUUUUUUUUUGCAUCUGGCGCUUAAAACAGAUACUCAGUUUUGAAUUUCUUGCUCUUUAGGUUAUGUGCUGAACAAAAAGCAAGUCUACAUGAGGCCUAUGGUAUCCUGUAGCACAGAUCGUGACUUUCUUACCUUUAUUAUGGAAUUAUAUUUCAUCUGGAUCCAGACUUAAAACUGCUCACGCUAUGAAAUAUUGUGUGCUUAGAAGUAUGGGAAACAUCUCUGCAUUUAAAACAAAACAAAAAAAAAAACCCAAACAAACAAAAAAAACACAAACAAACCAAAAAGCUCACAAUUAUUUUGUUCAUGCAAGUUAAGUGUAGCACCCCAGCAUUUUGGCAAGCUGCAGUGUCCUUCGAUUGAAGUUUGUCAUAUGUACUUCAAGGGAUGCAGUUUGUCACUUCUGACAUCGGUUUUUACUGUACUGUCUGCAAUAUCAUUAGACCAAGUACCUCCCCGUAGUAUUUUAACCUUUAAAAAUCUUAAAAACAUUUAUUAGAAUUGUUUAAAUUCCUCUGCUUUAAGAACGACCUAUGUCUAAUAAGUUAUACUGACGUGUCAAAUCUUGGGUAGUGGAGGCAGCCGUGCUGCCUGUUAAUGCUUUCUGAUGUGCCGUUAGUUUACAGCUCUCCCAGACAAGCAUCAGAUUCCUCUGCUGAAGAUCCCAGAACACGGAACAAAUCGGGCUCUUUCACACCAUUGCAACUUCAUAGAUUUAGUUGUCAACACAUUGACGGUAAACCCCCUGUUCCAUAUUUAAUAUUAACAGAAGAUGCGGAGUUUCUGGAAAAGUGCUUGUUUCACCACGUAACUAAGCAUUGGCAGCUUCUCAUCUGUGCAAGUGACUCGUCAGCUUCGAGAUGCUCUUUCUGCGCUCCUAUGUUCUGAAAAGCUUCAUAAUACCGCUGACAGUUUGUUUAGAGAUUAAUUUCUUUUGGAGAACAAAACUGCAAUAACUUGCCUAUGAAUUGUCAAGAUUCUGCUUUAAGAUUUUUUGCUCUUGGGAAACGUCUUAAGUAUCAAAACUUCCAGGAGGACUGUAUUAGCUUUACUACAUGUGCUUUCAAUUUAUAACCAGACACUAAGCUAGCUGACUUGCGAACUAACAGAUGCACCGUUCAAAUCUUUAAAUAGUAUGCUUCUGACAUUCCUUUCAAAAACAAAACAAAACCCCUGACAUAAUUAUUACAAUAUAUUAAUUUUUUGUCACUUCAAAUGCCAAAUUAAUUUGACUUCAUUGGCAUAACUUUGAUACACCUUUUUUAUUUUACUGGACAAAGUUCCCUGAAGUUUUAAACACUGUAUAAUCUGUUGUUACAUUUCAAUAGUUUUGCUGUGGUUUUCUUUUAGUCAAGAUAAAAGCCAUUCCAGUGACUCCUACCACUGAUACGGGUGAUAAAUCAAUGCUGAAUGAGUUUCCGUUCUGUGGUACGCUUUUGCUAAUUUUAUCCAGAGUUAUUGAGCAAAUCUUAUUUCUUGUACAACAGCGUCUAAUAGUAUUUUUUUUCCCCAGCUCAAAGGCAUGUUCUUGAUUUAGUUCAAGAAAAUGCAUGUUCAUUAUUGGGGAGCAAAUAGGAAUUUAGUGCUGGCACGUAAUGCAGAUGAUAAAUAAAAACACAACUAAAAGCCUGUUUACAGCUCGGGUAACUGCUGAUGCUUGAAGGGAAGGCAGCCUCCCACCCUCUCUAGCGCAGUAACACGCUCCUUGCUUCAGAAGGUAAAUGUCAGGAGCCACAUCAAGGUAAAUCAGUGUUGUGAAGUGCAAUUUCAAGGGAUGUGACUUACCUGCAAGUUGUCACCAAUAUGAUGACCAAAGAGUCAUCUCUUUUAGGAGACAUAUGGCGGGUUUCAUUACCAUAGCAACUACUUUAAUUCUGCUGCACUCCUGUGUCUUAAAAUCAAUGAAAGGCAGCUUUUGAGCUGUGCUUUGGCACCUUUUCCAUUCAGCUUUAGGCUACUGCUGCUGCAGUGGGCCCACCCCUAACUAUGCCGAGGUCCGUAGCACCUUAGUGAGUUGUGCAGACUGACUCCUGCCCUCAGGAUCCGUACGCCCGGAGCGUGGUGGGCGCUGCAAGGAGCAGCAUUGCUUAUGUCCCCAUCUGCCGCUCGUGUGGUAGCUGACUGCCAGCCAAGGUAACGCCUGCCUGCCUGCCUGUGGUAAUGUGCCUGUCCCCUCUCCCGCCUGCGGCAGCCAACGCUCAACAGCCCAGUGGCAGAGGGAAGACGUUUAACUUUAGACACCGCUAGGAUCCUGGGAGCUGUAGAUGGGCAGGAGUGACAUCUGCUUUUUGGCAGUGGCGGGUUGUGGCACAGUCAGAGGACUGCUGUGAUCACACACAAAACAACCUUGUCCAGUUAGACCUCUUUCUAGUAUCCUAAAGCAUAGGAGGAAACGUACCUUUUUGAAGAAGUGACUUGGUGUGUUAGACGUAUUUAACCUAGACUUUUCUUUCUGGUUUGAUUCAGAGAAGAAUCUGUUCCAGUUUUUCUAAAUGUCUUUCUCUCCUUGUGCCCCUCUUCCUUCCUCCCUCUCCCAAACUACAAAGCUUUGGGAUAGUGUUGAUGUUUAUACAUUUUACACCUAAGGACAUGAAAUUAUGUAUAUUAAUUAUAUUUAAGCAACUGCAAAUAAAUGUCUGCUGUUUAAAGCCAACAGAAUAGUGUAAGUUUUAAGUUCAGUAAGUAUUGUAUAGACAUAUCUUAAGUUCAGUUGAUGAUAAUUGUGCAUAAAAAGUUAACGAUGCUGUAAAUUAUUUUUAAUAAAGAAAAUUGUAUGACA